ACCACACUAACGCAUGGAUCCGACCCUAAGCUUGCAACCAACAAAAUGGACUUAAAUCGAGUUUAUAUUUUUCGUUUCGUUGCAGCAAGAUGUUACUCCUUGUGAUAUGUGCAGCCUUAUUUGUGCUAACAGAGCAGACUUACGAUCAGACUGCAUCGUGUCUGAUGAAGAUUCAUAACGAAGGGACUGAGAUUGGAAGAGUUACCUUCUCAUCUACACCGGGAGAGAAGCAGAGAGUAUUAUUAGCUUUUCAGCACCCAAGGCUAAACGGGGAACAUGGCUUUCAUGUCCAUACACUACCCGUCGCAGAAGGUGGCCAUGAUUGUUCGACGGCUGGAGGCCACUUCAACCCUCACGGAGUAGAGCACGGUGCACACCACGAAGCAAAGCACGGAGCACACCACGGAGCACACCACGGAGCAAAGCACGGAGCAAAGCACGGAGCAAAGCACGGAGCACACCACGGAGUAGAGCACGGAGCACACCACGGAGCAAAGCACGGAGCGCAAGCAGAGCACGGAGCACACCACGGAGCAAAGCACGAAGCAAUGAACGGAGCAAAGCACGGAGCAAUGGACGUAGCAAUGGACGUAGCAAUGCACGGAGCUCACCAAGAGGCAGCGGGUGGUCCAGCAGCUUCUCAUCAUGUUGGAGACUUCGGGAAUGCGAUCGCAAGGGAUGGCUUUGUUUUCCACCAAAUUGAUUAUACAGUGGGUCAGGGAAUUGAUCAUACCAGAAAUCACUACGUAGAAGAAGAUAGAUUUGUUCUGGAAGGAGACAAGUCUUUUAGAGGACGUACAGUAAUUUUACAUGUGGGUACAGAUGACUUGGGUCUUGGUGGAGACGAAGGGAGCCGUAAGACUGGAAAUGCAGGAAACCGUUUAGCGUGUUGUACUCUGGAAUGAGCAGAGGAAACCUGUCACCAUAACUAUUUCGUGACCUGGAAAAACACUAGAAUCAAACUUCUUUUGAAACUUGGACUUUUUAUGGAUAAUAGAAUUGAAUGAAACAUCGUGAUAUUGCAUGGGGAGAAUUUUUGAAAUUUUUUAUGUAUUGAAUAAGAGAUUUUUAUUUUCAGUUUAAGAUUUUUUUUUCGUUUUAUGACGAAAAAUUAAAAUUAUUUUUGACUCCUGACGUUAUCGGGUUUGUGAUUGAAUUUUAGAUGAACUUUUUUAUCGAUUAAAUAAUUACAAAAUUCGUAA